AUGAAUGCACAGGAAAUCAUGAAAUUCUUCUCCAUUUUGCAUUUUGAAAAGUCUUCGUGGCGAUAUUAUAAUACAUCCAAAAGAAAGCAUAAAGAUUUUGAAAUUAGUCCUGAAGUUGCCGAGGCAUUGAAAACAAGGAAACCCAUCGUAGCUUUGGAAUCCACGAUCAUCAGUCAUGGCAUGCCAUAUCCGCAGAAUUUUGAAACCGCUCUCGCUGUUGAGAACAUUAUACGGGAACACGGAAGCAUACCGGCUACAAUAGCCAUCUUGAACGGAAAAAUCAAUGUUGGGCUGACACCUGGCAAUCUGGAAAGACUGGCAAAGAUGGGCCCACAGGCAAUAAAAACUUCCCGGCGAGAUCUAGCGUUUGUGUUGUCACAGGGUAUGACAGGUGCAACAACUGUUGCAAGCACCAUGUUAAUUGCUCAUAUGGCUGGAAUUAAAGUAUUUGUUACUGGCGGUAUCGGAGGCGUUCAUCGUGACGGAGAAAAUACGAUGGAUGUAAGCGCCGAUUUAACUGAAUUAGGACGAACUCCAGUGGCGGUAGUUUGUGCUGGAGUGAAAUCAAUUUUGGAUAUCGAAAAAACUUUAGAGUAUUUGGAAACUCAAGGUGUCGCGGUCGUAACUUUCGGUGAAACCAAGGAUUUUCCAGGCUUCUUCACUUCCAAAAGUGGAUUCAAGAGUCCAUCAAAUUUGUCAUCGACACUCGAUUGUGCAAAACUAAUUCGCAAUAACAAGCAUGAUCUUAACAGUGGAAUUUUAAUUGCUGUCCCUGUUCCAGAAAAUGAAGCCGCAGAGUCACAAAGGAUUCAGAGUGCAAUAGAGGAAUCAUUAAAAGGGGCAAUAGACAAAGGAAUCAGGGGCAAAGAAGUCACACCCUAUCUGCUUAAGAAGGUUAACGAAAUGACUCAAGGAGGCUCCCUAAAAUCAAAUAUUUCUUUGAUAAAGAACAACGCCAAGAUUGGAAGCCAAAUAGCAGAGAGGCUGUCAUAUUUGGAGAACAAGUCAACUGAAAAAAGCCAGAAGCCUGUGAGUUUUUUAAAACCAGAUCCUAAUGGUGUUAAAUCAAAGGAGAGAAUAGAAUCGUCACCCGUAUUGAUCGUUGGCGGGGCAGUCGUAGACAUCACAUCUACUUUGCGUCCUCCUGAAUAUCCUUUAAAACAUUCUUAUGAUACCAAGGACUUUCUUGAGACCUCAUUUCCUGGUGAUGUUAAUAAAUCUAUUGGGGGAGUUGGAAGAAAUAUUGCCGAAACAGUUUUCAGGUUGGGUUUAAACCCGUUGUUCGCAUCAGUAAUUGGCAAUGACGAGUUUGGUAAAUGGUUUAUUGCACAACUCGAAAUGAUUGGAAUGGAUUCGAGUAAUUUACGAAUUGUUAAAAACCAGCCUACAGCUGUGUAUAACGCUAUAAACAAACCCGACGGAAGCCUUCUCUGUGCAGUUGCUGACAUGAAGAUUUUCGAUCAUAUGUCUUUUGACGAGCAUGAGCUGGUGAAAAAUAUCACGCCCAAGUUGGUCUGUUUCGAUGGAAAUAUCUCUGAAGACUGCAUUAGAUCGGUGUUAAACUUUUGUUCCUCAAAGAAAAUACCAGCAUUUUUUGAACCAACCUCCGUGCCAAAAUCUGUAAAGAUAUUCAAAGAUAAGAAAUUGUUUUCAAAUCUUUUGACAACACAGACUCUCAGAUAUAUCUCGCCAAACAGACUUGAGCUUGAAUCAAUGUUUAAUAUCGCAAAAAUAAACGGUUUUUUUGAUAGCAUUGAUUGGUUUAAUAAGCUUGAUGAAUUUAAUAUCGGAUUGAAAUAUAGACAGGACUUGGAAAGGCUUUGUAGAAAGCAUGAAAAAUUGCAAGAACUUAAUGACCUUGGGAUAUUUUCCAUUGCCACCCAACUUUUACCAUACAUACCAAUAAUCAUAAUUAAACUCGAUAAAGAUGGGGUAUUGCUAGUACAAAACCUAGAAGACAUCGGUGGUUUAUCUAACGAAGAACACACAACUAGCAAAGCAGAUCGGGUAGAAAUCAUUGUGAGAAGAAAAGGAAAAGGUGGAAUCCGAUACAAAUAUUUUAAACCAUUUCCACUCAUGUCGGAGCACAUUGUUAAUGUCACCGGUGCGGGAGAUAGUUUUAUCGGUACCCUGAUUUCGGGACUAGCGUUAUACGACGAAACAAAGAUAGACAAAAUUGUAGAUAAGGCGCAGCAAAUCGCCUGCAUGACUUUACAGUCCCAUAAUGCCGUUAGUGAGAAUAUUAAUGCGGAUUUAUUAAAAUUUUAA